CAUGACAGAGAUCCAUCGGCUAAGAGAGAAGGACAAGCGCCCCGCGCUGCCUGCUGCUGCUGCGCCAGCAGACAGCGGCAAACAGUUCGGAUCCUGGGCCGGACCCCCAAGCUAGACACGCAUGCGGCGGGCGGGCUGUACAUGGCGGCGGUGAUCGCCAGCAAUCCCAUUCAGGGGCAGCAUGUGAGGUGCUUUGGCGCGGAGGCCUGGCCACGGCAGGGCCAAGGUACAAGAACCCAGCUUGACUCCCGCCCAACAUGUUGUGAAUACCAUCGUUCCAUUCACGUCACUGCCUGUCCUGUCCUCGGGCCACAUCACCUUUCUUUCAUGGAACAAUAAUAUCCAGUAAUUUCUCCCAUUCAUCUGCCCGUCCGCCCCCAAGCACUCGUUGGCCUCGACAAAGACUAGACGCCAACGUCCAGUGAAAGAAGGACUCAAAGAACCAACAACCCAUUACACAAAGCUAUUUAUUCCCACGAUCCCCUCGCUCUCCGGCUUGCUCUCGCCACCUUGGCUUGCUUCUUCUCUACAACAUUCAUUUCACACCUUCGCUUCCUAGAAAUCCAUAAGGUCCGGAAAACCCUCAGCUAGAACUAGCACCACCCACACCCACCAGACCUCGGCACCAUCUCAUCAUGAUUGCAUCCGCCAUCCUCGCGGCCUCGGUCUUGGCCGGGCUCGCCUCCGCCGCCCCGACCGCAGCGCUGUGGCCGCGUGCCGACGGCUCGACGCCGCCGGCAGGAUACACGGGCCCGAAGGCCGCCGACCUCAUCGAGGGCACGAUGCCGGAUUCCAAGACGUGCGACCUGGCCAAAUUCCCACAGUGCACGACCGCCGCCGAUGCGGCGCCCUACUUCAUCGAGGCCAUGUCCACAUACAAGAUCUACGACUACUGGGAGAUCGCCGCCGUCGUCUCCCUGACUGCCAUGGAGUCCGCGUCGCUUAAGUACAAGCAGCCCGCCUCCCCGUCCAGCGACAAGGGCAAGGGCACCUCCAACAUGCAAAGCGGUGCUUUCAACCUCAAGUUCGCCAAGAGCAUCCCCGAGCUGGCCUCGCGGGUGAGCGAGAUCACGGGCGGCAGCGAGACGCCGACCGACGCGCAAAAGUCCGAGGUCCUCAAGCUGGUGCAGGCCAACGACUACAACUUCCGCUCGGGCGCCUGGUUCCUGGCCACCGAGUGCUCGGCCGACAUCCGCCAGGGCCUCGUCGCCGGCACCAAGCAGGGCUGGCUCAACUACGUCACCACAUGCGUCGGCGUCCCCAAGGGCACCGACGAGGCCAGCGUGCGGGAGUGGACCAAACGCGAGCAGUACUGGACCGACGCCAUGACCGCCUUCGGCCUCAAGUACACUAGCUAAAAUGGCCGUGGUGCCUCGCAACCGGCUCGGCUUAAUGAAACCAUGACUAUUUUCUUUCACAGCGACUCCAGUGUACUCAACAUCUGCUUGUGUAUAUUUUCUCUUCUUGUUGAUACCUAGUUACAUGGCUUGUAUUCAUGUUCUGAACCAAAAUGAACAGAAAUGACUGUCAGGAAAUCUGGCAAUCUGACCCCAAUGCAUCAAGCCCGACAGGCUUUGACUCGGGACAUGCAAAGUCGCGUAAGGUGAUUUUGGACGCAAACAACAUUGAAAAUGGACGAAGCAACAACGUCGACAAGCUGAAUAAAUAGACAUGGCGCCACCAAUGCUUCAGAACCGCUCG